AUGGACAUCUACCACCCACCGAGUAGCAGAUACCAUUGCAUCGAUGGUCAGCCUUCUGAACAGUGCUUACUUCAGCACCUCCUUUCCCCAUCUGCUCUUCCAAACCUUUUGCAAAAGCCCCUCGAUCCUAGCCCCUGGCCUCCAGCCUCCCUGUCCUCCCCCGAACCGCCGUGCGAUCUUCAAUCCAAGUCCGGCUUCAUGACCAACUCUGUUACGGCCUACAACUCAGCUCAAUCCAAGAUCUACGGGCCUAGGAUAUAUGGUUUCCGCGUCAGCAAGCGUGCCCGCAGUGGGCCCCGAAUGCAAUGGCUUCGGAUCCGACCCGGGACCAAAGAACAGCUCCGUCUAGGCCUGGAAUAUCGCGAGCGAGAGCAAGUGGAAGAAAUCGAAGGAUCAUGA